AUGGUACGAAAUGGGCUCCUGGCACUGCCCGCAGAACUCCGCAACCUCAUUUACAAGCUGGUCUUAGUAUCCGAGACAGAGGCGACUGAGCUCGUCUGCGCCAAUCCACCGAGCAAAGCACUACUCCUCUGCUGUCGGACAACCUACCAAGAAGCGCGCUUGAUGUAUCGUCAUGCUUUCCGCGACUACUGGCGCCACACACCGUUCUUCAUUCAACAAGAUGGACCGUGCACGUUCGAUCAUCUUCGCGAGGAGGACAUCGAGCAUAUAGAGAACGUGGAGCUCCAUGCGACCUGGAUACCACCUAAGACCUUCCUCGUCAGGCCACGUGAUCUCACCACACUCCUCUGGGCGAGCCUAGGGUGUCCAGUGGAACCCACCGCGUUCAUAGCCAAGCGCGACAGGGACCGGCAAUUAUGGUUCUGCGCAUUUCGCAACGGUACGACGAAGCCCUGCAGGUUUCCGACAAGGAGCGGGAUCUGGGAGCUGGGCGUGACGGUGGUGAGGACGAGGGAGUGUAGAUUUCCAGAGGGGUUGGUCUUGCAGGGGGUCAUGCGUCCACUCGAGCCUAGCCAUCCGCUGCACUUCUUGCGAUCGCUUGUCGCGAAUCCAAAGGUGAAGGUCUUUGAAGCCCCGCCAAGACGUAGGGAGCUCGAGGCCAUCCUGAAAUUGGGCAUGUAG